AAAUGCACCUUGUUUGUUGAAUAUAGGAGCAAGCUCGUGUGGUUUCAAUAACUACAGCAAAGUUGCAUCUGGACCUCCGAGGAUGUCAUCAAGACUGCAAUAGGAAAUUUUGAUUUCGUCUUGAACCUGCCCAGUUACCUUUCUGACUGCCCACCAUAGUCUCCCGUGACCCGGCAUUCAUACUCACUCCAAGUCUGGGAGGAGAGAUACGGAACCCGUCGCGAACGUGAUGAAAUGGAGAGCACGUGCGCGACGGGAAUGGCCGAGCUUGUGUUGUUUGCACGUGUGUACGGGGACGGUCUGGUCUCACCGCGCCACUCCUUUGUUACACCGAACGUCGCUUCGGCUGACCUUCCAUCCCGUCAGUCUCGCAUGUCCCCCAUCCUUUUAUCCCUUCCCGUCUCCCCGCCGCACUCCGUCCCGCCUAUAACGACGACAACGCAUACGUAGCUCACCACCAUUGUCCAUGAAAUACAUCGAGUUCCCCGAGCUCGAGCGUCUCUCCCAGGCGCUUACCCACGAGGGUCCCGAAUGUUCCGUCCACACGCGCAUCGAGGCAUAUAGCUGCAAGAACGUAAAUCGCGACAAGAAGCUAUUUCGCGCACUCGAACAUGCAUACGCAGAGGAAGCAGCACAUUCACCGCCCCUACCAUCAUUCGCUGCCCUCGACAAAGAGGCAGACAAUACACCCUUCGGUCCGAUGGACAAGCACGCCUCCCGGAAGACGCUUUACUCGUUGAUCGCAACCUUAAAUAUCGCCUUUCCCGACCAUGAGUUCGCGGGUGUGCGACCGGCGCAUUUCUGCAAGGAGCACAGCGGUGCCGGAGUACUCAAUGCUUUGAGUACGACGCUCGUUACCGCCGGCUCAAACGGAUCGCCGACUCAGCGGCCUGGGAUGCCUGCACCACGCACGUAUUCAGCAUACCCACCCACGUCUUCCGACUUCUUCCCAAGCUCCUUACCCACCUCCUCAUCGCCUGUGAAUAGUAUGAUGCAAAGUCCGCUUGCACCACCUCCUAUAGUAACCGGCACGCAUCCGACGCUCUUCCGAGUAUUGGACGAGGUCAUCGGUCUCGCCGACUGCGAAGUAUAUUCAUACGUACCCGAUAUUGCAUCGGAUCCGCAUGCUACGGACUAUUCCGACAACGAAGACGAGCCUGCUCCGGCGGAUGACGAUGAUUCCCUAUCAGAGUCCGAUGACGAGGUCUUUGCCUUUGACGACUAUGAUGUGGACGAGGUGCGGACGUCCCGCAUGACACAUAUGAGCUCGGGUGGUAUUGAUAUCCCAAGACGCAAAUCUUCGGAUACAGAUUCAGACGGUUCACCGUUGCGCGUAAGACUCCGUCGGCGCGGUGCGCUACUUUGGAGUUCGCAUUGGUUUUUCUUGAACCGCAAGCUCAAGCGAAUAUUGUUUAUCUCUGUCUGCGCACGGACGAAAGGCGGACACCAGUGGAUGAGUGAUGACGAAAUUGUAUAUGGAUCACCAGAGAGGUUGAGCAGUAACGAACGGUUCUUGGGUUGGGAAGGCUCCGCGGGAGCUGGUGCACGUGCGCUCGGAAUUAGCAUUAAGAGUAGUGCUUGAACAUAUCUAUGUACACUUGCCUUCUGUUCACUUAUCGCUUGUAUAAUUAGCGGAUUAUCUCUACUCCCCACAUGCUUAUCAUCUCGGUUCUUCCUAUCCACCUCGUGCUCUGCUCCCUAUUUUCGACUUUCGCCGGGAGCGAAUGGGCCUCUUGCUUUCUCCCAAUUUAUUUUUCUUUUGGGACUUGUACAUGUAGGCUGUUGUAUGCUCUAUCUGUACUGUGUGGACUGUACGAACAUUUAUAUCCAUAUCUUCAUCCGCUUAACCGAAUUAAAUACGUGAUACGCAGAUAUCCACCUUUUCAUAUGUGCGUCGUGCUGCCAGGCUAUUUGGCUCAGACCAGUAAAAUAUUGUAAAGUUCCACGCUAACAAUCCACGAAUGGGAUAUCGUGCAGGGUGGUAUGGUCAUGGUCCUAAGGAAGGUGGUCCAUCCAUGUAGACGGACCAGGAAGCCGUCGUCCACCAAUGACUCGAACGGCGUUCACCUUGUACGUGACAUGACUCCGUGUAAUCUUCACACUUCUCCUACUUACAUCUCAAUGUCGCUUGUUCAUCAGAAUGGCAGUGGAGGACAACAAGGAGGUAAA